CUUCACCCUGAGCCUUAGAUUUCUCACAUCAGUGCCUGAUAAUGUCUUGGUCUAUGCAAACCUUUGCUUUUCUCUUCAUCGUUUUUUAUUGUCAGGCAAGCGCUGUCACAUUUCAACAAUCUGAUCCCCAGAUAGUGAAUGAGAGCACUGAGGUCCACAUAAAAUGCAGCCAUGAUGAUACUAAUCUUCCAGUAAUGCUCUGGUAUCAGCAAAGAGAGGACAGUCUGUCUAUGACCCUCAUUGGGUAUGGAUAUGAGAGCUCCCCAACCUACGAGGGUCAGUUUGAAGAACAAUUCAAGAUGACAAGAAACGGUUCAUUGAAAGGAGCUCUGAUUAUACGCAAAGCAACCCUGUCACACUCGGCUGUGUAUUUCUGCGCUGCCAGUACACAUGUGAACAACUACGAUCCUGCUUACUUUGGCAGUGGCACCAGACUGACAGUGUUGGAACCAGACCAUGAAAUCACUCCACCAACAGUGAAAGUGCUUCCACCUUCAGAAAAUGAGUGUCAAAAGCAGAAAGACGAUUCGAGGAAGAAGACCAUUGUUUGUGUGGCCAGUGGAUUCUACCCAGACCAUGUUACUGUUAAAUGGAAGGUCAACGGGGAUAAGGUCACCAACGGUGUGGCGACUGAUAACGAUGCCCUGCGGGUAGACAAGUCUUACAGAAUCACCAGCAGGCUGAGUGUCUCUGUAGAAGACUGGUUCACACCCGGCAAAAGUUUCACCUGCAUCGUCAAAUUCUUCAAUGGAAAGGAAACAAUCAGUCAUGAAGUUACAGUUCUGGGUGUUGAAGCUAAAGGUGAAGGCGGCAUGACAAGAGAGUAUUAUCUGAAGAUCUCACAGACGGCCAAACUCUCCUACGCUCUUCUAAUCAUCAAGAGCAGCCUCUAUGGAGCCUUUGUGGCCUUUCUGGUGUGGAAGCUUCAGCGGUCAACUGGAAAACGGAGCAACUGAGAGCUGAGGCCUGAACAAAUGAAAUCUAUGUGGAACAGUGUUGAAUCCUGUAAAUAAAAAUGUAAAAAAAAAAAAAAACAUUUGUGCAUGUGGAUGUGCAUUUGUAUUGUGCUAAACUAGAUUGAGAGCUCUAUGCAUAUUCUUGUAAUCUCAAAGCUACUAUAUAUCUGGCAUGCAAAUACUUUGGAAUCAUAUUUUUAGAAAUACUUAAUUCUGUGUGCUUGUGCUAAUUGGAUACAUUUUUUUACUCUUAAUAAAAGCAUUUCAGAGAA